AUGGAUGUGUUUGGGAGGAAGCAGCAGCAGCCAGAGCUUUACAAGCUUUGGAAAGCUGGGAAGGACCUGACUGUCACUGACCAGGCUCUUCCAACCCCAGAGGCAGCAGAGCUCCUUAAAGGGGAUCUCAUGCCAAAAGUCAAGAAUGGGAAACUUGUGCUGAGGAGAUGGAAGCAGAAGAGAUGUGUGAAGGGGAGGUGGAUGGGGAUGGGACAAAAAGCAUCCCCAAGCACUGCACAGGAGCAAAGGGUCUGCCUGGAAGUGCCUCAGGAGGUGAGGGAGAGUGAGGCCUUCCCUAAGGAGGAGCUGAGCUCCACACAGUGUGGAGAGAAUGUGGCAGAGCCUCAUGAGAGACCCAAGAGUGAAUCUGUGCAGCAAGGUGAGCAAACACCCAAACUUCCAGAUCGUGUGGGCUCAGCCACAUCUGAAGGACUGAAAAUGGUGAAGCUUGAGGAGGAAGAAGCCCCAGACUUACAUCCAGACAUACAGGACUGGACACACCUGCACAUCCCCUCCAGCCUGGAGACUGAGUGGAGAUUAAGUGGAGGUCAGAUUGGAAUCCAAAUAGGAAGUCAGCUCUCUGGGGGUCUUCUACGAAAACAAAAUGCUUCUAUCAGGAUUUCAGCUAACUUGAACAUCAUCCCACCACUGCUGACAAAUCUAGCAAUAACACCUGCUAAUCCUGCUCACAAUGGCCGUGUGUGCAGCACUUGGGGCAACUUCCACUUCAAGACCUUCGAUGGGGACAUAUUCACCUUCCCUGGGCUCUGUAAUUACGUUUUUGCCUCCCACUGCAACACUCCCUAUGAGGACUUCAACAUCCAGAUUAGGCGUGAGGUGGUGGCAAACAUUGCAACAAUCAACCGCAUCACCAUGAAACUGGAAGGUGUCGUGGCAGAACUAACAAAGGAUGCAGUCAUGGUCGAUGGCAACAGAGUCCAACUGCCAUACAGUCAAUCUGGCAUUACGAUAGAGAAGAGCAGCAUUUAUGUGAAAGUUGGCAGCAAAAUCGGUGUUGUGUUAUUGUGGAAUGAAAAGGAUAGCAUCCUGCUGGAAUUGAAUGAGAAAUAUGCCAAUCAGACUUGUGGACUUUGUGGAGACUUCAACGGCUUUCCCAUAUACAACGAGUUUGUUUCAAACAAUAUCAAGAUGACAGCCUUGCAAUUUGGGAAUAUGCAGAAAAUGGAUGGGCCAACAGAGCACUGUGAUGACUCCACUACUAUCCCGACAUACACCUGCCCUGAUAAUCUCGAUAACAUAUGUGAGAAGACAUUGACCAGCUCUGCAUUUGCAGAGUGUAAUGAGCUAGUUGAUGUUAAAGAUUACAUUAAGGCUUGCCAAGAUGACCUGUGCCGCUCUGCAGAGUCUGAAAACAGCUCGUGCAUCUGUGACACCUUUGCUGAGUACUCCAGGCAGUGUGCUCAUGCUGGUGGGCAGCCCCUGGACUGGAGAACUUCAAAACUGUGCCCCAAGACGUGCCCCUACAACAUGCAGUACCAGGAGUGCAACUCCCCCUGUGCUGAUACAUGCACGAAUCCUGAACGAUCUGUGUUUUGUGAAGAACACUGUAUUGAUGGCUGUUUCUGCCCCCCAGGGACUGUAUUUGAUGACAUCAACAAUUCUGGCUGCAUUCCCCAGCACGAGUGCUCCUGUAUUUACAAUGGCAAAACCUAUGCUACAGGAACUUCUUUUUCAGAGCCAUGCCAGACCUGUACCUGUAAUGGAGGCCAGUGGAGCUGUCAAGACAAGUCAUGCCCAGGAACUUGCUCUGUAGUUGGGGGUUCCCACAUUUCCACGUAUGAUAAGAAGAACUAUGAUCACCACGGAGACUGCACUUACGUCCUCUCUAAGGACUGUAAAGGUGACAAAUUUACCAUCCUGGCAGAACUACGCAAGUGUGGCCUGACCGACACCGAGACCUGCUUAAAAUCAGUGACCCUCAACAUGAACAAAGGACAAACUAUCGUCGAGGUCAAACCUGAUGGUGGUGUGUUUGUGAACUCCAUCUACACCCAGCUGCCCAUGUCAGCAGCUAAUGUCACCAUGUUCAGACCUUCCUCAUUCUUCAUGAUCAUGGACACAAGCUUUGGCAUGCAGGUUGAAAUGCAGUUCACACCCAUGAUGCAAGUGUUUGUGCGUCUGGAUGCUUCUUUCAAAAACCAGACUUGUGGUCUCUGUGGAAAUUUCAAUAACAUCCAAACUGAUGACUUCAAGGUCAUCAGUGGAAUAAUUGAAGGAACAGCAUCAGCAUUUGCUAAUACAUGGAAAACUCAGGCUUCAUGCCCUAAUAUCCAGCAGAGUUUUGAGAAUCCUUGUGCACUCAGCAUUGAUAAUGAAAAAUAUGCUCAGCAUUGGUGUGGACUGCUCACUAACAGCACAGGACCUUUUGCUGCUUGUCACUAUGCAAUCAAUCCUGCUGUUUACCACACGAACUGCAUGUUUGACACAUGUAACUGUGAAAACAGUGAGGACUGUCUGUGUGCAUCCCUGUCUGCCUAUGUGAGAGCUUGUGCUGCAAAAGGAAUCCAGCUGCAGGGAUGGAGGGCUGAUGUCUGCUCAAAAUACACCACCUCAUGCCCCAAAUCUCUGAGCUACAGCUAUACCAUCUCUUCCUGCCAACCCACCUGCCGCUCUCUGAGUGAGCCUGAUGUUACUUGCAACAUUAAGUUUGUCCCAGUUGAUGGCUGCACCUGUGUAAAUGGAACCUACAUGGAUGAGAAUGGCAAGUGUGUUCCUGCUAAGGAAUGCCCCUGCUACUACAGAGGAUCUCCUAUACCAUUUGGAGAAGUGAUCCAUGAAAAUGGGCGUGUAUGCACUUGUGUCCAGGGAAGACUGAAUUGCAUUGGAGCACCAAAUCCAACUCCAGUCUGUGAAUCUCCCAUGGUCUACUUUGACUGUAAAAACAACACAGCAGGAACAACUGGAGCAGAAUGUCAAAAAAGCUGCCAGACUCUCGAUAUGCAGUGUUAUAGCUCACAAUGUACAUCUGGCUGCGUGUGCCCAGAUGGGCUUGUGUUAGAUGGGAAUGGUGGUUGUAUUCCUGAAGAGAAAUGUCCAUGUAUUCACAAUGAAGCCAUGUAUCAGCCUGGGGAAAAGAUCAACUUUGACUGUAACACCUGUGUAUGCAAGAAUAGGAAGUGGGAAUGUACCAAAGAUCAGUGUCUGGGCACUUGUGCUGUUUAUGGAGAUGGUCAUUAUAACACCUUUGAUGACAAAAGGUUCAGCUUCAAUGGAAACUGUGAAUACACACUAGUCCAGGACCACUGUGGGAAAAGUGGCACAGUCAAUGGGACCUUCAGGGUUGUCACUGAAAAUAUUCCCUGUGGCAAUACUGGGACAACUUGCUCAAAAUCUAUCAAAGUUUUCUUAGAGAGCUAUGAACUGAUCCUUGGCGAAGAGCGUGUCAGUGUCGUGAAGAGAGGACAGAAUGAUGAGGUGCCAUACACGGUCCGCUCCAUGGGAAUGUACUUGGUAAUUGAGACCAAAAGUGGACUGAUCCUCAUGUGGGACAAGAAAACCAGCAUCUUCCUCAAGCUCAGCCCUGCUUUCAAGGGCCAGGUCUGUGGUCUCUGUGGAAAUUAUGAUGGUAACAGCGUCAAUGACUUUACUACCAGGAGUCAAUCUGUAGUAGAGAAUGUCCUAGAGUUUGGAAACAGCUGGAAAGUAUCCUCUACAUGCCCUGAUGCUUUCAGUGUCAAGGACCCGUGUUCUACCAACCCUUAUCGGAAGUCCUGGUCAGAGAAGCAGUGUAGCAUCAUCAACAGCAAAGUCUUUGCAGCCUGUCACUCUCAGGUUGAACCAGCAAAAUAUUACCAAGCAUGUGUGACAGACGCUUGUGCCUGCGACACUGGAGGAGACUGUGAUUGCUUUUGUACAGCAGUAGCUGCCUAUGCCCAAGCAUGUAGUGAAGUUGGAGUAUGUGUAGCCUGGAGAAGCCCAACAAUUUGCCCACUGUUCUGUGAUUACUACAAUCAGCAAGGAGAAUGUGAAUGGCACUAUAAGCCUUGUGGUGCUUCCUGUAUGAAGACCUGUAAGAACCCAAGUGGAAAGUGCCUCAAUGACCUGCCCGGUUUAGAAGGCUGCUACCCUAACUGCCCACCAGACAAGCCAUAUUUUCAUGAGGAUCAGAUGAAGUGUGUUAGUCUCUGUGACUGUUAUGAUGAUGAAGAUGGAAAGAUAUAUAAACGGGAUGAAUGCAAUAUAUGUGAGUGCACAUCAGACGGUUUACAGUGCAAGUUCGAUGAUAAAGCCUGCAACUGCAUUUAUGAAGGGAAUAGCUAUAAAUAUGGUGAACUCAUCUACAACACCACAGACGGAACUGGAUGGUGUAUCAGUGCAACAUGCGAUGCCAAUGGAACAAUAAGCAGAGACAUCUUUAAAUGUGGCGUUUUUACAACAACCCCAUUUACAUUCUCCACAACUCAGCCCACAGCUACUUCAGAAACGACAACUGCAAUGCCAGUGACAACUGUAUGUGUGAAAAAUGUCUGUGUGUGGUCAGAAUGGUUUGAUUCCAGUCAGCCUGAAAACAAAGAGGACAGUGGAGAUUAUGAAACAUUUCAAAAUCUCAAGGAUAAAGGAUACAGUGUGUGUACAAACCCAAGCGAAGUUCAAUGCAGAGCCAAAGAACACCCAGAUACUGAAAUUACCAGCCUUAACCAAACAAUUGAGUGUAGUCAAAGCAGAGGAUUAAUAUGCAAUAACCAGGAACAAAAAUCUAAGCAAUGCUAUAAUUAUGAAAUCAGAAUAUCAUGCUGCACAUACAUACCAUGUUCAGAAGUACAAACUACAACACCGACAACCACUCUCUCAGAAUCAACACCAGAAACCACUCCUGGCACAAUAAUCUCCAGUACUACUGCCCUGCCAACGCAAGGCACAACUGUCACUACACCCAGACCAAAAGUGCCAACCCAAGCUACCACCAUUGCCAGCACCUCCACAACCAACACGGAAAGCACCACUACAUCUACAGAAAAAACUCUUCCAACAGAAUUAUCCACUGUUGCUAUUCAAACAACAUCACCAUUUAUUGUCUCCACCCCAGCAAUCAAAAUAGAAACCACCACUGGUACCACAGCUGUCCCCAGCACCACAGCCAGAGCCAGAGAGGGCACAACUAUCAUUGCUGCUACCACCACCAGCACCUCUCCUCCUCAGACUGAAGGUACAACCGCCAUCAUACCAACAACAACAGUGCCCACUGAGGCCACCAGCACUGCCAGCACCUCAAGGAUCACUGAGAGAAGCACCACAACAGCAUCAGCCACCUCUGCUGCAGGAGAAACCUCCACUGUGGCAACACAGGCUGCAACAUCUCCAACUACAAUCUCUGAAAUCAAAAUAGAAACCACCACUGGCACCACAGCUGUCCCCAGCACCACAGCCCGAGCCAGAGAAGGCACAACGACCAUCAUCACUACCACCACCAGCACUUCUCCCCCUCAAACUGAAGGCACAACCACCUUCACUCCACCCACAACAACCCCUGUGCCCACCCCUGGUACCACCACUAUCCGCAUCUCCAAUUCCACAGACAACUGCGUGGUGGGACGCUGUGCCUGGACACAGUGGUUUAACGUGGACUCCCCUACUCCAGGCAGUGAAAAUGGAGAUUCAGAGACAUUUGAAAACAUCCGAGCUGCUGGGUAUGAGUUGUGUGACAAGCCACAAGACAUCAAGUGCCGAGCUAAAGAUUACGCUGACACCAUUGUGAAAAUAAUGGGACAGAAGUUUGAGUGCAGCCUUGAGAAGGGGCUUGUGUGUAAAAAUAAAGAUCAGAGUCUCAAGUACCCCACGUGCUUCGACUACGAGGUCUCAGUGCUGUGCUGUGACCAAAAACACUGCCAGACAACAUUAGCACCCACGGGCACCACAGUAAGCACCUCCACAACAGUAAGCACCUCCACAACAUACCUCCCAGCAGAAACAACCACAGUAGCAACCCAACCUGCAGCAACAACAACUGCUCUCCCCACAUUUCCACAAAAAGAAAUAACAACCACUGUAGGAACAAGUGCCCUCUCAACACCGGGAACCACCACCAUCACCCCAAGGUACACCGUGCCUGAGCAAGCCACCAGCACUGCCAGCACCUCAAGAGUCAGUGAGAGAAGCACCACAACAGCCUCAGCCACCUCUGCUCCAGGAGAAACCUCCAGUGUGGCAACCCGGGCUGCAACAUCUCCCACAACGAUCUCUGAAAUCAAAAUAGAAACCACCACUGGCACCACAGCUGUCCCCAGCACCACAGCCAGAGCCAGAGAAGGCACAACUAUCAUUGCUGCUACCACCACCAGCACCUCUCCCCCUCAGACUGAAGGCACAACCACCAUCAUUCCUCCUUCAACAACCGGGUCCACUGAGGCCACCAGCACUGCCAGCACCUCCAAAACCACUGCAGGAAGCACCACGGGAACCUCAGGAACCUCUGCUCCAGGAGAAACCUCCACUGUGGCAACACAGGCUGCAACAUCUCCAACUACAAUCUCUGAAAUCAAAAUAGAAACCACCACUGGCACCACAGCUGUCCCCAGCACCACAGCCAGAGCCAGAGAGGGCACAACCAUCAUUGCUGCUACCACCACCAGCACCUCUCCUCCUCAGACUGAAGGUACAACCGCCAUCAUUCCACCCACAACAACAGUGCCCACGCCAGCCACCAGCACUGCCAGCACCUCAAGAGUCACUGAGAGAAGCACCACAACAGCCUCAGCCACCUCUGCUCCAGGAGAAACCUCCAGUGUGGCAACCCGGGCUGCAACAUCUCCCACGACAAUCUCUGAAAUCAAAAUAGAAACCACCACUGGCACCACAGCUGUCCCCAGCACCACAGCCAGAGCCAGAGAGGGCACAACCAUCAUUGCUGCUACCACCACCAGCACCUCUCCUCCUCAGACUGAAGGUACAACCGUCAUCAUCCCAACAACAACUGUGCCCACUGAGGCCACCAGCACUGCCAGCACCUCAAGAGUCACUGAGAGAAGCACCACAACAGCCUCAACCACCUCUGCUCCAGGAGAAACCUCCACUGUGGCAACCCGGGCAGCAACAUCUCCCACAACGAUCUCUGAAAUCAAAAUAGAAACCACCACUGGCACCACAGCUGUCCCCAGCACCACAGCCAGAGCCAGAGAAGGCACAACCAUCAUUGCUGCUACUACCACCAGCACUUCUCCCCCUCAGACUGAAGGCACAACCGCCAUCAUUCCUCCCCCAACAACUGGGUCCACUGAGGCCACCAGCACUGCCAGCACCUCAAGAGCCACUGAGAGAAGCACCACAACAACCUCAGCCACCUCUGCUCCAGGAGAAACCUCCACUGUGGCAACACAGGCAGCAACAUCUCCAACUACAAUCUCUGAAAUCAAAAUAGAAACAACUGUUGGCACCACGGGUGUGCCCAGCACCACAGCCAGAGCCAGAGAAGGCACAACCAUCAUUGCUGCUACCACCACCAGCACCUCUCCUCCUCAGACUGAAGGUACAACCGCCAUCAUCCCAACAACAACAGUGCCCACUGAGGCCACCAGCAGUGCCAGCACCUCAAGGGUCACUGAGAGAAGCACCACAACAGCCUCAACCACAUCUGCUCCAGGAGAAACCUCCAGUGUGGCAACACAGGCAGCAACAUCUCCAACUACAAUCUCUGAAAUCAAAAUAGAAACAACUGUUGGCACCACGGGUGUGCCCAGCACCACAGCCAGAGCCAGAGAGGGCACAACUAUCAUUGCUGCUACCACCACCAGCACCUCUCCUCCUCAGACUGAAGGUACAACCGCCAUCAUUCCAACAACAACAGUGCCCACGCCAGCCACCAGCACUGCCAGCACCUCAAGAGUCACUGAGAGAAGCACCACAACAGCCUCAGCCACCUCUGCUCCAGGAGAAACCUCCAGUGUGGCAACCCGGGCUGCAACAUCUCCAACUACAAUCUCUGAAAUCAAAAUAGAAACCACUGUUGGCACCACAGCUGUCCCCAGCACUACAGCCAGAGCCAGAGAAGGCACAACUAUCAUUGCUGCUACCACCACCAGCACCUCUCCCCCUCAGACUGAAGGCACAACCACCAUCAUUCCUCCCACAACAACUGGGUCCACUGAGGCCAUCAGCACUGCCAGCACCUCCAAAACCACUGCAGGAAGCACCACGGGAACCUCAGGAACCUCUGCUCCAGGAGAAACCUCCACUGUGGCAACACAGGCUGCAACAUCUCCAACUACAAUCUCUGAAAUCAAAAUAGAAACCACCACUGGCACCACAGCUGUCCCCAGCACCACAGCCCGAGCCAGAGAAGGCACAACGACCAUCAUCACUACCACCACCAGCACUUCUCCCCCUCAAACUGAAGGCACAACCACCUUCACUCCACCCACAACAACCCCUGUGCCCACCCCUGGCACCACCACUAUCCGCAUCUCCAAUUCCACAGACAACUGCGUGGUGGGACGCUGUGCCUGGACACAGUGGUUUAACGUGGACUCCCCUACUCCAGGCAGUGAAAAUGGAGAUUCAGAGACAUUUGAAAACAUCCGAGCUGCUGGGUAUGAGUUGUGUGACAAGCCACAAGACAUCAAGUGCCGAGCUAAAGAUUACGCUGACACCAUUGUGAAAAUAAUGGGACAGAAGUUUGAGUGCAGCCUUGAGAAGGGGCUUGUGUGUAAAAAUAAAGAUCAGAGUCUCAAGUACCCCACGUGCUUCGACUACGAGGUCUCAGUGCUGUGCUGUGACCAAAAACACUGCCAGACAACAUUAGCACCCACGGGCACCACAGUAAGCACCUCCACAACAGAACAAGUGCCCUCUCAACACCGGGAACCACCACCAUCACCCCAAGGUACACCGUGCCUGAGCAAGCCACCAGCACUGCCAGCACCUCCAGGACAUCCGAAAGAGAUCAUCACAACAGCCUCAGCCACCUCUGCUCCAGGAGAAACCUCCACUGUGGCAACCCGGGCAGCAACAUCUCCAACUACAAUCUCUGAAAUCAAAAUAGAAACCACCACUGGCACCACAGCUGUCCCCAGCACCACAGCCAGAGCCAGAGAGGGCACAACCGUCAUUGCUGCUACCACCACCAGCACCUCUCCUCCUCAGACUGAAGGUACAACCGCCAUCAUCCCAACAACAACAGUGCCCACGCCAGCCACCAGCACUGCCAGCACCUCAAGAGUCACUGAGAGAAGCACCACAACAGCCUCAGCCACCUCUGCUCCAGGAGAAACCUCCAGUGUGGCAACCCGGGCUGCAACAUCUCCCACGACAAUCUCUGAAAUCAAAAUAGAAACCACCACUGGCACCACAGCUGUCCCCAGCACCACAGCCAGAGCCAGAGAGGGCACAACUAUCAUUGCUGCUACCACCACCAGCACCUCUCCUCCUCAGACUGAAGGUACAACCGUCAUCAUCCCAACAACUGUGCCCACUGAGGCCACCAGCACUGCCAGCACCUCAAGAGUCACUGAGAGAAGCACCACAACAGCCUCAGCCACCUCUGCUCCAGGAGAAACCUCCAGUGUGGCAACCCAGGCAGCAACAUCUCCAACUACAAUCUCUGAAAUCAAAAUAGAAACAACUGUUGGCACCACGGGUGUGCCCAGCACCACAGCCAGAGCCAGAGAAGGCACAACUAUCAUUGCUGCUACCACCACCAGCACCUCUCCCCCUCAGACUGAAGGCACAACCGCCAUCAUUCCUCCCCCAACAACUGGGUCCACUGAGGCCACCAGCACUGCCAGCACCUCAAGGAUCACUGAGAGAAGCACCACAACAGCCUCAGCCACCUCUGCUCCAGGAGAAACCUCCACUGUGGCAACACAGGCAGCAACAUCUCCAACUACAAUCUCUGAAAUCAAAAUAGAAACAACUGUUGGCACCACGGGUGUGCCCAGCACCACAGCCAGAGCCAGAGAAGGCACAACCAUCAUUGCUGCUACCACCACCAGCACCUCUCCUCCUCAGACUGAAGGUACAACCGCCAUCAUUCCAACAACAACAGUGCCCACGCCAGCCACCAGCACUGCCAGCACCUCAAGAGUCACUGAGAGAAGCACCACAACAGCCUCAGCCACCUCUGCUCCAGGAGAAACCUCCAGUGUGGCAACCCGGGCUGCAACAUCUCCCACAACGAUCUCUGAAAUCAAAAUAGAAACCACCACUGGCACCACAGCUGUCCCCAGCACCACAGCCAGAGCCAGAGAAGGCACAACUAUCAUUGCUGCUACCACCACCAGCACCUCUCCCCCUCAGACUGAAGGCACAACCACCAUCAUUCCUCCUUCAACAACCGGGUCCACUGAGGCCAUCAGCACUGCCAGCACCUCCAAAACCACUGCAGGAAGCACCACGGGAACCUCAGGAACCUCUGCUCCAGGAGAAACCUCCACUGUGGCAACACAGGCUGCAACAUCUCCAACUACAAUCUCUGAAAUCAAAAUAGAAACCACCACUGGCACCACAGCUGUCCCCAGCACCACAGCCAAAGCCAGAGAAGGCACAACCAUCAUUGCUGCUACCACCACCAGCACCUCUCCUCCUCAGACUGAAGGUACAACCGCCAUCAUUCCACCCACAACAACAGUGCCCACGCCAGCCACCAGCACUGCCAGCACCUCAAGGGUCACUGAGAGAAGCACCACAACAGCCUCAGCCACCUCUGCUCCAGGAGAAACCUCCAGUGUGGCAACCCGGGCUGCAACAUCUCCCACGACAAUCUCUGAAAUCAAAAUAGAAACCACCACUGGCACCACAGCUGUCCCCAGCACCACAGCCAGAGCCAGAGAGGGCACAACCAUCAUUGCUGCUACCACCACCAGCACCUCUCCUCCUCAGACUGAAGGCACAACCGCCAUCAUCCCAACAACAACUGUGCCCACGCCAGCCACCAGCACUGCCAGCACCUCAAGGAUCACUGAGAGAAGCACCACAACAGCAUCAGCCACCUCUGCUGCAGGAGAAACCUCCACUGUGGCAACCCGGGCUGCAACAUCUCCCACAACGAUCUCUGAAGUUAAAGUAGAAACCACUGUUGGAACAACAGCUGUCCCCAGCACCACAGCCAGAGCCAGAGAAGGCACAACCAUCAUUGCUGCUACCACCACCAGCACCUCUCCUCAGACUGAAGGCACAACCACCUUCCUUCCGACAGCAACAACAGUCACCAGCACUGCCAGGACCUCUAGAAUGACUCCAGGAAGCACCACAGGAGCCUCAGCCACCUCUGCUCCAGGAGAAACCUCCAGUGCGGCAACCCGGGCUGCAACAUCUCCAACUACAAUCCCUGAAGUUGAAACCAGAACCACCAUUGGCACCACAGGUGUGCCAAGCACCACAGCCCGAGCUAGAGAGGGCACAACCAUCAUUGCUACCACCACCAUCACUGCCUCCACUGGUGUGCUCACUACUUCUCUUCCUCAGUCUGGAAGUACCACAGUAUCUUCAGCUGGUACAUCACAAUCAAGUUAUGUUAUAACAAGCACUCCUGCAAUCUUCAGUUCAUCCACCAGCACAUCUGUUACAUCCAGCAAAAUAACUCCAUGCUUUUGUCAUGUGUUUGAAACCUUAUUUUCUCCUGGGGAAGUGGUAUACAACAGAACAGACAGAGCUGGCUGUAAUUUUUAUGCACUUUGCAGCAAGGAAUGUGAGAUUGAGCCCUUCCAAGGACCAUGUCCUCUGACAACUCCUGUUCCUUCAACUACAUCACAAGCUGCCUCACCAACCACAGCAACAACCUCCACAACUUCAGUAGAAAGAAACUGUACUGAUGUCAAUCCUGAACGAAAGCCUGGAGAAGAGUGGAUAAAUGAAUGCCAGAAGUGUGUCUGUGACUCCGUUACUGCUACUGUGAAAUGCCAGCCACUCCCAUGCCAAACAGCUCAGCAAACUGUUUGUGACCUAGGAUUUGUUUCCAUGCCUGUACUACCACAAAAAGACCCAUGCUGUCCUGAAUUUGAAUGCCGACCUAUACCUGAUGUGUGUGUGAUUAAUGGAACACUGUACACGGUUGGAAAGUCAGUAGUAAUUGACUCAUGUAAGAAGUGUACCUGCAGCUCUGAGAAAAAUCCAGAGACUAAUGCAAAUGUUAUGCAUUGUGAAACAGUUCAGUGUGUGACCUCUUGCCCGCUGGGUUACCAGUACAUGACUGAGGAAGGAGAGUGCUGCGGGAAGUGUAUUGAAGUAGCUUGCAAAGUCAAACUCAGUAACAACACUGUUCAUGUGCUCAAUGUUAACGAGAUCCUGCCACUUGAUCAAUGCAGCCAUUACAAAUGUGAAAAAAUUGAAGAUCAGUUUGUUGCAGUCCAGACUAAAAAAGUAUGCCCUGAGUACGACCCUGGAGAGUGCGAUCCUGACAACGCAGAGAUUACAUUUGAUGGGUGCUGCAAAAUAUGUAAACCUAAAAACUGCCAGCCUUAUACCAAGGAAACUGUGAUCCACCAUGCUGACUGUGAGUCUCCAGAACCUGUUGAGCUGUCAUAUUGUGAAGGAACUUGUCCUGGCUCCUCAAUGUACUCUCUUGAAGCAAACCAGAUGGAACACAAGUGUGGUUGCUGCCAGGAACUCAGCACCCAAACAAGAGAGGUGACCCUGACUUGCCGAAAUGGAACCAGCAUAACUUACAACUAUCUCUACGUGGAAAACUGCCAGUGUGUGAAUGCUUGCUCUUCACAAACCACUGCAGCACAUGACUCCCAAUUCCAACAAUCUGUAAAAUAUGGCUCCCAGUUGCAACAAGCUGUAUCCCUUGGUUCCAAAUGGCAACUCAGUUGAGGAUUUGAUAAUUGGAAAAAGAAAGCAGAGACCCUAGGAAGCUGGAAUUAUGUCUUCUUCCGAAUAACUUGUGCUCCUUCUUUAACAUUCUUUUUUCAUGUCUUGUAAAAAUAAUAAAAAAAAAGUCAAUUAAA